CAUAUGGGCUUAAUCAAUCCACCUUCUCUCUUUCCUCUUUUCUUUUUCCUCUUCUAUUUUUCUUGUCUUUGGAUUGGGAAUUUUCUCUGAUUCCCUGUGUUCUUUUUAGAUUGCAUUGAUCUUCACCUUCAAUAUACACACCUCGUAUUAUCAAAUCUUUCUCAUCAACAUCAGCUACAGAAGGAGAAUGAAUGAUUAAAGAAAGGAACUAUAUAUGAUAGAAAAUGGGCAGAUCUCAUUGGCUUCAUCAAAGGAAUUAAAUUGAGCUAUAGAGCGAUCGUGUUAUUUCACUUUAGUUGUAGAUUGUUUAGAUCAAUGGCACUCUCAAGGCUUCGUCAACCUUUGAUUAACCACAUUCCUUUAAUUAGGGCUCGCCUUCUCUCAUCUUCUGUACCGUGCACGACAUUCUCUAGAUACUAUGUUCCUAAAGUUUUGUUUGCAGAUGACAAUGGUAACCUACUAAGGUUUUCGUCGGUGUCUAUGGUUACUGGUUUUCAUGGGGACUUGUCUAAGAUCAAGUUUGGCUUUCGGCACAUAUCAUCAUCAGCAGAGACUCCUGAGCAUACUGUUCUUGAUAUGCCAGCUCUGUCCCCGACUAUGAAUCAAGGAAACAUUGCUAAAUGGAGAAAAAAAGAAGGAGAUAAGAUAGCUGUUGGUGACAUUCUAUGUGAAAUUGAGACCGACAAAGCCACUCUGGAGUUUGAGUGUCUUGAGGAAGGUUAUCUGGCCAAAAUACUUGUACCUGAAGGUUCAAAAGAUAUACCAGUAGGACAAGCAAUUGCAGUGAUGGUGGAGGCCGCCAAGGAUAUUGAAGCUGUACAGGCAACCUACAGAAGUAGUCCUGUAGUGGAAGAAGACAAGCCAACUACCUUGCCGAAGAAAGAAGUUAGUGAGCAGAAAAGUGUCAUCACUAGGAUCAGUCCAUCUGCAAAGCUGCUUAUAACGGAGUUUGGUCUUGAUAUAUCUUUGCUAAGCCCAUCAGGGCCUCGUGGUACCUUGUUGAAAGGAGAUGUUUUGGCUGCAAUAAAAUUAGGAAAGGAAUCAUCUAAACCUGCUGCAACAAAGGAGCAAUCAAAGCCUGUUGCAACAAAGGAGCAUUCUUCAUCUUCUCAAAUUAACUUACAAAGUGUACCUUCAGGUACACCCGAAUCAACUUCUUAUGAAGAUUUAUCAAAUAGCCAAAUCCGGAAGGUUAUUGCAAGACGUUUGUUGGAAUCAAAACAAAAUACACCACAUCUUUACCUGUCGACAGAUGUUAUACUUGAUCCUCUUCUUUCGUUCAGAAAGGAGCUUUUAGAAAAGCAUAAUAUCAAAGUUUCUGUUAACGACAUUGUUAUCAAAGCUGUUGCUGUUGCUCUGCGUAAUGUGCCUGAAGCAAAUGGUUAUUGGGAUGCUGAAAAAGGAGAAAUUAGCCUCAAUAACUCAGUUGAUAUAUCAAUUGCAGUGGCUACAGAGAAGGGUUUGAUGACUCCUAUAAUUAAGAACGCUGACCAGAAGACCAUAUCUGCAAUAUCUUCAGAGGUUAAAACGCUAGCAGAAAAGGCUAGGGCUGGGAAGCUUAAGCCUGAAGAGUUUCAAGGUGGAACAUUUAGCAUCUCAAAUCUAGGAAUGUUUCCUGUAGACCACUUCUGCGCAAUCAUCAACCCUCCUCAGUCUGGAAUCCUUGCUGUUGGAAGAGGGAACAAGGUUGUUGAACCACUGGUUGGCACUAGUGGGAUUGAAGAACUUGGGAUUGUUACAAAAAUGAGCCUGACAUUAUCGGCUGAUCAUCGUGUUUUUGAUGGCAAAGUUGGAGGAGAAUUUCUCACGGCUUUACGAGCAAAUUUUGGUGAUAUGAAGAGGUUGCUUUUGUAAGCUGAGAUCCUCUCCGAAGGCAAAUUCUUUCUAGGAAAAAUAUGUUUGUUUUAAACACCAUCAAUGGUGCUUAAUGAUGGGGGCUUUUAACUUCAUAAUUUUAGUUUGACAUCUUUUCCUUUUUCUUUCAUGAGGCAAUAAGGUUCAAAUCCUCCAUCAAAUUUGUAUUUGAUGCACAUAAACUUUUCUAAUUGGUGCCCACUUUCCGGAGCAAAAAGUGUGCACCAAAUUUGUUCACAAGAGAAUUAAUACGUUUCAUUUUAUAAUUAUACACAUCAAUAAACCCUAAUCCUUUUUGAGGAUGAUGACACAAUUUUAGUUUUGUUUAAGGUCCAAUGGCUGAAUAUCUUGUAGGUUAACCUUGUCUGGUUACACAGGCUAGGCCUUGUGCCUUGUGGAAGAAUUCAAGUCUAGGAGGUUAAGGGAAGGGAUUCCUCUAGUUGCCAAUUGGGUGGCUUUUUUGUAACAAAAAAAGAAAACUUUGCUCAGUGACAUAUUUAUAUUAUAGUUAUGACGUCUAUUUUUUUUAUUUU